GUCAUGGCAGGGCAGGGAUGUUGCUGCGGCUGCCAUGAGGCGGAAACUCCGGCGUGGAUGUAGGCGAUAGAAGUGUGACCGAGCCGAGGUAGAAAGAAGCUCCCCCUGGCUGGAGCCUGCGCCCGCGGGAGGAGCAGGCGGCGGCGGCGACGACGACGCAGGGGGAGGCUGAGAGCCGCCUGAGCAGCUGUCAGUCGCCUCGCCAUGGAUUGCAGCCGCCUCAGGACUCUUAUUAAUAGAUACUGUGCUGGAGAAGAGAAUUGGGUGGACAAUCGGACUAUUUAUGUUGGGCAUCGUGAACCCCCUCCAGGCGCUGAAGCAUACAUUCCACAGAGGUAUCCGGAUAACAGAAUAGUCUCCUCAAAGUACACAUUUUGGAACUUUGUACCGAAGAAUUUAUUUGAGCAAUUCCGAAGAAUAGCAAAUUUUUAUUUUCUCAUCAUUUUUCUUGUACAGUUAAUUAUUGACACACCAACUAGUCCAGUGACCAGUGGGCUUCCACUUUUCUUUGUCAUCACUGUAACAGCUAUAAAACAGGGCUAUGAAGAUUGGCUUCGCCAUAAAGCUGACAAUGCAAUGAACCAGUAUCCUGUUCAUUUCAUUCGACAUGGCAAACUGGUUAGAAAGCAGAGCCGCAAACUAAGAGUCGGAGAUAUUGUGAUGGUGAAAGAAGAUGAGACAUUCCCUUGUGACUUAAUAUUUUUGUCAAGUAGCCGGGCAGAUGGAACAUGUUUUGUUACAACAGCAAGCUUGGAUGGCGAGUCUAGUCAUAAGACACAUUAUGCUGUCCAAGAUACAAAGGCCUUUCAGAGCGAACAGGAUAUCGACACACUGCACGCCACCAUUGAAUGUGAACAACCUCAGCCUGAUCUUUAUAAAUUUGUUGGCCGAAUAAAUGUUUAUCACGACAGAAAUGAACCUGUUGCAAGGCCAUUGGGAUCUGAAAAUUUGCUUCUUAGAGGAGCUACAUUAAAGAACACAGAGAAAAUCUUUGGUGUUGCUAUAUACACUGGCAUGGAAACAAAAAUGGCACUGAACUACCAAUCAAAAUCUCAGAAACGAUCUGCUGUAGAAAAAUCAAUGAAUGUAUUUCUUAUUGUAUACCUCUGUAUUCUGAUCAGUAAAGCACUAAUAAAUACUGUUAUGAAAUACGUUUGGCAAAGUGAGCAACAUCGUGAUGAGCCUUGGUAUAAUCAGAAAACAGAAUCGGAAAGGAAAAGAAAUGUGUUUAUUACAGCAUUUACAGAUUUUCUUGCCUUCAUGGUUCUUUUCAACUACAUCAUUCCUGUAUCCAUGUAUGUCACAGUAGAAAUGCAGAAGUUUCUUGGUUCUUAUUUUCUCACCUGGGAUGAAGAAAUGUUUGAUGAAGAAACAGGUGAAGGACCACUGGUGAAUACCUCUGACCUCAAUGAAGAGUUAGGGCAGGUUGAAUAUGUCUUCACAGAUAAAACGGGGACAUUAACAGAGAAUAAUAUGGAGUUUAUAGAAUGCUGCAUUGAGGGGCAUGUUUAUGUGCCUCAUGUCAUCUGUAAUGGCCAAAUCCUCCGCGACUGUGCUGGUAUUGAUAUGAUUGAUUCUUCCCCAGGAGGAAGUGGGAAAGACAGAGAAGAUCUCUUUUUCCGAGCUCUGUGUCUUUGUCACACUGUUCAAGUAAAGGAAGAUGACAAUGUGGAUGGAUUGAAGAAAGCUCAGCUGUCAGGGAGGUCUGCUGUGUAUAUUUCAUCAUCCCCUGAUGAAGUUGCUUUAGUUGAAGGGAUUCAAAGACUUGGUUACACAUAUUUAAGAUUGAAAGACAAUUUUAUGGAAAUUUUAAAUCGAGAAAAUGAUAUUGAAAGGUUUGAAUUAUUGGAGGUCCUUAGUUUUGACUCAGUAAGGAGACGGAUGAGUGUGAUCGUUAAAUCAGCAAAAGGAGAAAUAUUUCUAUUUUGUAAAGGAGCAGAUUCUUCUAUAUUUCCUAGAGUAACAGAAGGCAAAAUAGAACAGAUUAGAUCAAGAGUUGAGCGGAAUGCAGUGGAGGGUCUGCGAACAUUAUGUGUUGCGUAUAAAAGAUUCACUUAUGAAGAAUAUGAGAAUGUGCAGAAGGAGCUCCAGGAGGCAAAGUUGGCCCUGAGGGAUCGGGAAAAGAAACUGGCGGAGGCAUAUGAAAAUAUAGAAAGGGGGCUUAUCCUGCUUGGUGCUACAGCAGUUGAAGACCGAUUACAGGAAAAAGCUGCUGAUACAAUUGAAGCGCUGCAAAAAGCUGGCAUUAAGGUCUGGGUUCUGACGGGAGACAAAAUGGAGACUGCUGCGGCCGCCUGCUAUGCCUGCAAACUAUUCAGAAGAAAUACUCAAAUACUUGAGUUAACUACCAAGAAAAUAGAGGAGCAGAGUUUGCACGAUGUCUUGUUUGAAUUAAGCAAAACUGUCCUAAGGCACAGUGGCAGCUUAACAAGGGACACCUUCUCAGGGCUUUCAGCUGAAAUGCAAGAUUAUGGUUUAAUUAUUGAUGGAGCAGCAUUAUCAUUAAUAAUGAAACCACGGGAGGAUGGGAGCUCUGGUAACUACAGAGAGCUCUUCCUUGAAAUUUGUAGAAACUGCAGUGCAGUUUUAUGCUGUCGUAUGGCUCCUUUGCAAAAAGCACAGAUUGUAAAAUUAAUUAAAUGGUCAAAGGAGCACCCCAUCACAUUGGCAAUUGGUGAUGGAGCAAAUGACGUCAGUAUGAUCUUAGAAGCACAUGUUGGCAUAGGCGUUAUUGGAAAAGAAGGCCGCCAAGCUGCAAGAAACAGUGACUAUGCAAUACCCAAAUUUAAACAUUUGAAAAAAAUGUUGCUUGUUCAUGGGCAUUUUUAUUACGUCAGGAUAGCUGAACUUGUGCAAUACUUCUUUUAUAAGAAUGUCUGUUUCAUUUUCCCUCAGUUUUUAUACCAGUUCUUCUGUGGGUUUUCACAGCAGCCUUUAUACGAUACUGCGUAUCUUACCCUGUACAAUAUCAGCUUCACUUCCCUUCCUAUCUUGCUGUAUAGUCUAAUGGAACAACAUGUCAGUUCAGAUACACUCAAGAGAGACCCUUCACUGUACAGGGAUGUUGCCAAGAAUGCUCACCUGCGCUGGCGUAUAUUCAUUUACUGGACAUUCUUGGGAGUAUUUGAUGCUGUGGUUUUUUUCUUUGGUGCCUAUUUCUUGUUUGACAACUCAACUGUGACCAGUAAUGGACAGAUGUUUGGAAACUGGACAUUUGGGACACUGGUAUUCACUGUACUAGUAUUCACUGUUACCCUAAAGCUUGCACUGGAUACACACUACUGGACAUGGAUCAAUCACUUCGUGAUCUGGGGAUCACUACUUUUCUAUAUUGUCUUUUCCCUUCUCUGGGGAGGGAUCAUCUGGCCUUUUCUCAAUUACCAGAGGAUGUACUAUGUGUUCCUGCAAAUGCUGUCUAGUGGUCCUGCAUGGCUGGGUAUUAUUAUGCUCAUAAUUGUGAGCCUUCUUCCAGAUGUGCUGAAGAAAAUUUUAUGCAGGCAGUUAUGGCCCACAGCAACAGAAAGAAUCCAGAAUACAUCAAGUCAUGGUCGGGACCAUCUUUCAGAAUUCACACCUCUUGCCUCUCAGAAGAGACCAAGAUACAGGAGCAAUGAUUGCAAGAAUUCCCCAGCAAGAAGGUCUAAUUCUCAUUCUAAAAAAACAAUGUUUACACAUUGGAGAAACCAUGAUUAUUCCGUACUCCCAUCUAUCUUUGGCUAUUCCAAUAAGCGUUGCAAUUCUAGCGCGGGAUACUACCACAGGGGUUCAGGUUUGGAAACAGCUCUGUGACAGUUCACCAAGUCAAGCCUUUAAGAACUACAGCUAUUCCCACCCCCACCCCAAAUAUAUAUCUGCAAAUGACCAUUUAACAGUACUGAUUGAAAUUUUGUUGGCUUUUACUGUCUGGUGUAAUAUUCUGACAAGCUGGAUCAAGACCACUGAGAACAAAUCCUUCCAAGAGUAUUGGUCCUUCCUUUUAUGUUUUAAACUGUUGAAGCAAUGGAUUAUCUACACAGUCUGGCACUGUGAUAAUGGACAACACUAUAAUUUCACUCAGUUCUCUCAAACUCUUUGUACAUUUAUUGCCUCCAUCAUCUCUUUUCCUUUAUUACUUGAAGAGUUCUGCUUCAGUCAGUGAUCCCCUUUGGAGAUCAGAGGUUAUUUUUUUUUUUGUCUGUUGUAAGCAAUGAUCUCAGAUCCUCCAGUGAAAGUCAAUGAGAGCAUAUUCACAGGUGCUGUUUCUGACUUGUCUUUGUCCUUUCUUUGCUCUUUCUGUAGAACAAACUGGUGUUUCCUCUGUGCAAAUCUGCUUUCAAGAAACACUCUCUAAUGUCCAUUUUAUUGUAAGUCGCCAAGUAGGACUGUAUGUGAUUUUAAGAUUGUUUUUUUCCGCUGUAGAUCAAUACAUUUCUACAUAGACCCUCUACAGACCUUAAGAAGUCAAGCUGGCUAUCAAAUGGGUGAAGUGGCCAUUGAACUGAAAAUAAUUACUGAAUUUAAGAAUUCAGCCUUAGAAACUUGACAAUAAUAAAUAAAAAGAGUGAUCUACCUUUUUGUUCUCUCUAAAAUGGAGAGCCUUGGAAGUGUUUUGCUACCCCUGUCAAGGCAAGGAUUUGAUUGACUCCUUAACAACUUAAUAGGAUGAUACUGUGUUUUUGAUAUUGUGUUUCAUUUUUAAUUUGACUUUAAAAUCAAGAGGGGAGACAAGUCUAUCAGAAAAUCUACUUGUAUUAUAAAGGUGCAGCUUUGUGUCUAUAUUUAUUAGUUAAUAACCACUAGGUGGAGUUCCCCCUUCCCCUCUUUGAAUGUGGACU